UCAUUACAUCGAUUUCUUUCAGGGUUAUUUAGAUCAGCGAUUGCUAUGAGUGGAUCUCCGUUGAAUGCCUGGGGUUUUCUCGAUAUGUCUGAAGCAGUUUCUCGCAGUUUUUCUAUUGGCAAUGUAAUGGGCAUUGAAACAACUAAUGCAUCACUUCUUUUAGAGAAAUUAUAUAAUGCUUCUGCUGACCAUAUCACCUUAGCUGCUACUUUUCUAUCAACUCCUUACGUACCCUUCCUGACUCCAACAAUUGAAAAUUCUGAAAUCGCUGCAACUCCGAUAAUAACCGAGUGUACAGUUAAAAAACUCACAACAGGGCAUUUUAAUCAUGUUCCUGUAAUAAUUGGAUUUGUUAACGUCGAAACCUUAUCGUUUGUUGGUCUUGAUACACUGUCACGAAUAGGAUUAAUUGAUGGUACUCUAGCAGUUGUACAAAAUUUUUCAGAGCUGUUAGAAACACAAGAAAUACAAUACUUGCAGAAAAUACGAAACAAAACGGAAGGUAUCACAAAUCUUCCCAAUGGUGAUCUGUACCUAAUAUCGAAUAUUUCAUCUGAUUUACUUUUCAACUAUGGAAUCGACAGAACCGAACGAUUCCUAGCUGCUGGUAAUACUGCGCCAGUUUAUUAUUAUCGAAACUCAUUUGAUUAUAGUCAAUCACUACAUAAAUUAUGGGGUAUAAAUUUGAAUGGAACUUCCCAUGCUGAUGACAUCGCUCAUAUAUUUUGGUUGCCAAAUAAAAAUCAGUCACUU